AUGCGAAAUGAUUUAGUUGCGGAUUUCAAUGAUAUUGUUCUCAAUACACUUAAUGGUGAAGCUAAGACAUAUUAUUCUAUUGAUAGCGCAGACUUCAACAAUUCAGAAGAAGCAUCAAACGAACUCCCUGCAGAGUAUUUGCAAAACCUGAAUCCAGCUGCAUUACCACCUUCUCAUUUGCGAUUGAAGAUUGGCGCACCAGUUAUACUUUUGCGCCAUCUAUACCCAAAGCAAGGGUUUUACAACGGGACUAGAAUGACCGUAAUUCGUAUGGAAAGACGCUGCAUUGAGGUGCAAAUAUUGGGAGGCGAUAAUGAUGGUCAAGUGAAGGUUAUUCCUCGCAUCAAACUUUCUACAACCGAAGGGGAGUUGCCUUUCAUCUUAACUCGAAAACAAUUUCCUGUAAGAUUGUGUUUUGCAAUGACAGUAAAUAAGGUACAGGGACAAUCACUUGACAUUGUGAGGAUCGAUUUACGAACUUCAUCUUUUACCCAUGGACAAUUGUAUGUUGCUUUGUCAAUGGCAACAGACGUCAAUAAGUUACAAAUCUUGCAAACAGAGGAGAGGGGUAGGGAAACUGAGAACAUAGUGUAUCCGGAGGUACUGUUGAGGGGAUGA